AAAUGUUUGUGCAACGUAGUUGGUAUUUGAAGUAUCAGAAUGAAAUUUCUUUAUAUCUUCGUCGUUUGCCUUGCUGUUGUAUUGGCGGCGCCCGCGCCUGAUCAAGAUCAACAGGAUCAAUCCCGUAGGCGACUGCGUUUCAGAAUAGCAGACUCGGAACCCGUGAAAUUUGGACAAAGAAACGACCGCUCGCGUUACCGUAAUGACGAUUACAACUACAACUAUCUGAGGAAAAUCGCACAAGGUUACUUACAGAAAGCAUCUCCGUAUCAAGUGAGGGAUAAUAAUCAACAAUCAUACUACGAUUUGGGUAGCCUCCAGUUUAGAUACCAACCAGCACCAUAUCAACCUUCGUCAGCAAACUCCCAAUAUGACGACCGCGACGCCUAUCUGGUGACGCCUAACCUUAACUACUAUCGUGGGUCAUACUUGAGAGACGACCAAUAUCGCAUCGAUGACGACGAUGACGACGACGAUCGCAGAGAUUGACAAUGAUUUAUCUUAUUGAAUAAUAAUUAUAUUGUCAGAUCGAAAAUCGUUAAUGAAUUGAUACUGCAAUGACA